GUCUCUUUCUUUGAACAAAAUGGCGGACGACCGUGAGAUUGAGCGCCAGAUCUGGGAGGGCAAAGUGCCCAUUGUGUUCAACCUCGCGCAGAGUGAAGUCACCGGCGACGAGCCGCCAGAGCCAUACUAUUUGCUUGCACCGCGGUGCUCGUACUUGCCGCUCGUCACGACCAAGGUCAAGAAGCACUUCCAGUCCACAGGCACCGACACGGAGGACGAGAUGUGGUUUGACUAUGCCGGACAGGCACUCAAAUGGCAUUACCCGAUCGGCGUCUUGUUCGACUUUUACGGAUCUCCAUCGCAGCUGCCUUGGAGCGUGACAGUCCAUUUUCAGGGCUUUCCUGAAGACGAGGUCUUGCGCUGUCCCGACAAGGAGACGGUGGAGACCCAUAUGAUUGCCACCAUCAAAGAGGCCGACUACCUCAAGAACGGCUCCACCAAAAAGCUGCUUGCCAUGCUGAAAAAAGAUCAAAAGCAGCUGUGGAUGGGCCUCAAAACCUUCAAGUUUGAUCAGUUUUGGAGCGUCAACAAGCGGUUAACACAACGCGACGAAACAGAUCCAUUCAAGAACGUGCCAUUCCGCAUUUACGUGCCAGACCAGCCCGUGCUGCAGGAGCCAUUCCCUCCGUUCCGUCAGGACGGUUCUGAGUACACACUCGGCGAUCUGCUUGCUACCGUUCUGCCAGAGCUGUUCCCCGCCGAACGCGUCUCGCCCUUCCUUGUGGCAUUCAAUGCCGCUGCCGCUGAAGCUCGCGCUGCCGAAGGUGGUGCGCCAGAGGACGUGCCGGUUGCGCCGCCCUCCUCCCUUGGAAAGCAGGUGGAGUUGCCUCAGAUUGUGCUCCAUGGCAUCUCCCCUGCGUUCGAGACACCCUUGCUCUGGUUGGGCGAGCACUGCUGCUACCCCGACAACUUUUUGCACAUUUGCAUUUUGCCCAGCGAGCUUACUGCAUGAACAGGGCAGCCGCACCCCCAGAACAGACCAGAAUACUCGCUCCUGCCAUGUCGACUUUUCGUGUGACUUGUGAGAGAGGUUUUUGUUGCGAUGGAUUUUUUUUUGGCUGGUGUUUUCUUAUUGAUCAGCCUUUUGAAUAGUAAAUGAAUGUUUG